GCUUCAUUCCAAGUAUCGGGCUUUUGAUACAUUAGAAAGUAUUGAAUAGACAAGCAUCAUGCAGCUGCAAAUUCGUGGAGAACUGCAAACAACUGUUGUUGAAUGUGAAGAGAAUGAGAAACUAAAACACAUAAAGGAAAGAAUUGCUGGUCUCGAAAAUAUUGAAGAUGAGUUUCAUCUUUAUUGCAAUGGAAGUCUGUUAACAGAUGAUAUUUGUGUAAAUGAACUUGAAUCAGAGGUACUUGAGUUGACUGUACCUUUACGGGGAGGUAAGGUUCACGGUUCUUUGGCGCGUGCUGGCAAAGUAAAGGCUCAGACACCUAAGGUUGAAAAGCAAGAAAAGAGCAAAAAGAAAACUGGCCGUGCUAAACGACGUAUUCAAUAUAAUCGUAGGUUUGUCAACGUUGUCCAAACCUUUGGCCGUCGGCGUGGACCUAAUGCCAACACAAAUUCAUAAAAAAAAGUGUUAUAUAUAAUUUGUUACAAUAAAUCCAGCUACAAUGCCAUAAUUGAAACAUAAAA